AUGGAUUUAAUCCAACAUUACACAUCAGAAACUGAAAGUGAACCCGAAACCCAACUGGAAGGCGACAAGGAUUUUCCAAUAAAAAGUGACGUGAGUGAAGGAGAAGACAACGAAAGAGAUCAUCAAACUAGCAUCCCUCCACCGCUUCCAAAUAUUGAAAUCUAUCUGCAACUUUAUCAGCAAAACAUGUCUAAAACAGUGUCUGUCACCUUUGGAUACCUUCCAUGGAAACCACCAUUUGCUGCGAUAAGGAACAUAGAAAGGGCCUGUUUGCGUACAAUUUCUAAGAUACCUUUACUUUCGAACAACUAUAAGUUUGUCUCUACACACAAGGACACCUCACGUCUAGUGAAGCAGCAUAUAACUGUCUUUCCCGGUGUAGGACUAAGCACGCCUGAUACCCGUUUAGUGGCAGACAAAAUUUUUGAGAAUAUAGCGAAAUUGGAAGUGCCGAAAUCAAUGAUAGUGAAUGUUGGAGGGGGACUGGAUCCAUUGUCACAGAUACUAAAUAAACAAAGAAAGGCCAUACGUUUUCAAACAGUCGAUUACCUAAAGUUGGCAAGAGGAUUCACAGAUGACAGACUAUUCUUAUUGAUAUAUGUUAAACACACUGCCGACUCGAUAAGGUAUGCCAAUGAGCUUACAAAUACCUGCAGACGAACCCUUGAGGAUAAUGGGUACCUCCAAAACAAUGGAAAGAUUCCAUCAUCAUCGUACCAUGUCUCUAUAUGCACUGGGUAUCUUAAGAAAGCAAUGUUACUGCAGAAGGACAUUGCGGAAGUAAACAAACAGCUUCAAAACAUCACUAUUCCUGAGCUAGCCGACUUCCUGUUUGAUGUUGAAGAAUUUUGUUGUACGGGCUCAAAUAAGGCCAUUUAUUCACAUAGAUUACUACCAUAUACGUAG